AUGGACUCACUGUACAAAUUCGAACCUCGUACGUUUACUUUUUUAUAUAAAUGAUUACUUUGGCAAAAAAUGAGUAAAAUUUUGAUUUUUGAGUUGGCUCUCCUUUUGAAAGGUGUUGAAAUUGAUGUUUUUGCCUUUUUCUUAUAAAGAUGGUACACUUUUAAUGAUAAGUUGGCACUGUAAGGCAAGUGACAUGUAGAUUGUUAAUUGUGUUAUAUUACUUUCUAAUUGUUUAAUUUUAGAUAAUGAUAUGGACAUUGCUAACCAGGACGAUAACGCCCAGUGUCCGUUUGGAGACAACGAUAACUUUACAUGUUUUGGACCGACCGCAACCUCCGUUCUUAAUGAAGUUGUUACGGUUUCACACGAUUCGGCACUAGGAUCGUCCGUGUCUGGGUUUAGUCAAUGGUCGUUGCAAGAUAACAAUAUGUGCAUCUCAACGACUUCAAGGACUUUGGUACGUUCAGGUUUUACGCUUUAUGGAAAGGAUGACAUUUUUAUAUGUAUAAUGUUGUAUUGGUAGAAAACGGUUUUUUACAUAAUGCUUUUUAACACAAAUUUUUGGAAAAUCAGUAACGACUUCUUGAUAUAUAUAUUUCUUCACCAUUAUUAUUUUCAGGAAGAUGUGAUAGUAAUGGACGAGAAGGAGGGCACAGCAUCUCCCGUCCGACGGCCGCUCCAGGACAUUUCGAAUGACACCGCGGCCAAGCAUAAACGGUUUAACCGAUUUCCUUCCACUAGUUUGUCGAUGUCGCUCAAUAAAGUCGUAGUUAAGAGAAAAGCCGAAGCCAGGUUUCUGAAGCGGCCGUCUUUAAAGCUUCCGAACUCUGUCAAACCAUUGGACAAGUUGGUGUCCAGAUCGAUGGUGAAUAUGACGAGACAAGGAAAGUGUGUUUCUCCUGAAUCCAUCCAGGUGAGUCUGAGGUUUGGGUGACAUUAAAAAGUAUAUGUUACCUACUUGGCAGUAAUUUUUUAUAUUUUGUUGUGAAAAACGAAAGGAUCUGCAGUGAUUAUGUUAAAAAAGGAAAUGCACACAUUAGGUUAACAUGAUACCCUUUGUCUUUACAGAGCUAUUCACUACGAUGUGUGCCAAGGCCUCAAGUCGCUUCAUCGGCUUUCAAGUCCAUUGACGGACAGGCGUUGGCAGCGUUGAUAAAGGAGUUGGGAAACGAAAAAUUCUUAGAGAGUUUUAUGUUAAUCGACUGUCGAUACCCAUUUGAGUACAAAGGAGGGCAUAUCGUGGUAAGUUUUGUAAUUUUGUUUUAAUAUUUGUUAUAUAAUAGUGCUUUUAUGAAUGAUAUCUGUAAUGCUGUAUUUUGUUUUCGAAACUGAAUCUCAGUAAAGUAUUUAAAUAUUUUUAGUAAUUUUUAUUUAUUUUGUGUUGCUAUGUCUAUUUUUUAUGCUUCAGCACGCGGUAAACAUGUUCGAGUUUGCGAAUGUUCGCCAGUAUCUGUUCAAGGAAGAGGAUGGCACCUGUAGCGCGAUUCAAAGCAAAAUCCCCAUCUUUUACUGUGAAUUUUCACAAGCCAGGGGGCCAAAAAUGUAAGUCAUUACCUAUUUUUAUAAAUUAACAAUAUUUUUUGAGUUAUAUUUUAAUCACCUUUUGAUUUAUUCGUUGGUUAACAUCAGUUUUUUGUCGUAAAAUUGUUUAUUCCUAAGAUUUUAUUUGUGAUGAAUAAAAUUUUACUUCAGGGCGAACACGCUGAGAAGGUUCGACCGCCAUUUGAAUACGGACAACUACCCUCACCUUGACUAUCCCGAGAUCUACCUUCUGGAGUCUGGAUACCAUGGGUUCUUUAAGAAGGAUAUUUGUAAGGUAAGUAUUGGGACUUGAUUUUGAUAAAGUUUUUUUAAACUUAAAACUCUUUAUUACUGUGUGAGUGUGAAAUUGAAAGGCUUUUAGUAGUAGUAAUGGCCAAGCUUGGCUUACCUUCGUUUGUAAAAUUUUGAUUUUAUGGUUUUGUCUUUCUAACUUUAAUAGUAUUAGUCUUUUUGAGAUUCCUAACUGGACUUUUGUCUCUUCGUUUUUAGGAACUGUGUACGCCUUGCAAUUACGUCCGAAUGCACGACAAGGCCUACGCCAAGGAGCUCAAAGGCUUGAACUACCACAAAAAGAAGACCAAUCACCAACUAUGA